AUGAAUACAUACAUUGAAUCAUUUAAAAUAUGCAUAUAGCCUUCUUUCCAAACAAGGACAAACUUGGAUACAUUUUUAGUAUAAUACCCAAAAAUUGAACCAUAAAAAUGAAUUACAUUUCUAGGUUUGAAAUCUCACGUUCCAAAAGAUUUCCCUUUUUUUGGACACUCCUUAUCCUACAUUAUUAUUUUAUUCCUUCAGAAUUCUUGAUGAAAAAAAGCCCUUAGCAGUGUCAACCCAUAUAAAAAAUAAAAAAAACCAACCGGUAUAUAUACCAUACCUAGCAACAUCAAUCUCUACCCUCAAACUAAAAAAUUCAACCAAAUCAAUAACUCAGUCACGUACGAUGCGUCUUCAAUGGGUUCUUGCAGUCCUUGUUCUGGUCGUUCCACUCGUGACUGCUGCUGCCCCAGAUGUAGCUCUUGAGACUUGGGAUCCCGUACAGAACACCAGCGAACCAUAUUGGAUAAAUACCGCAGAGUUCGCUGUCUCUUCGUAUAACAAGCAUGAGAAGAAGAAUUUGGUGUUUGAAAGCGUGGUCAAGGGCAAGACACGCUACGAGGUAACAGGCCUCUAUAUCGUCCUUGUCAUUAAGGUCAAAGAUGGGUCAUUGCCCAGCGCAAAUUAUGAUGUUGGAGUACGUGAUAAGUAUGCUGGUCCUAAUCCUUUGGAUUUGAUAUACUUUCGCAGAAGACCUAAAUUUUGGUGAUCUCAAAUUUU